AGGAUUUUACAAAUUCAAACUACUACACGUCGGUAGCGUGUGUACUGAGGGAUUUUUAACAUUGCGUCAUAGGCCAAAAUUAGAUCACCUGACGAGAUAGACCAGUUAAUGACUGUUAAGCAACCACGCCUCGUCUGUGCUUAUAUAGCCUUCGUUCUGAUAGCUGCGUGUAUCUCAAAACAGGCCUCAGUAUUGUGCAGACAUUUCAACUCGUCACUACAACCAGAGCGUGAAUUCGAAGCUACAGUCCUAUUGUCCUGUCUUGCAGCAUUGAGCCAGAUUCGUGAAAAUCAGUUCCACAAAACGUCUCACAACAUGGCAAAGACAACGUCUUCAAAUGACAGUUGGAGGGACGAGCUUCUUAAAGACGUGAAGACGAUCCCGAAGGUUGGUGUACCGGGGAUCAUUGAGGUGUUGGGAGACCAGGCGGAACCCAUGUUACUAGACGAUCGGGGGAGGGCCAUCAUGGCGGCGGCCACGUAUGGAUCCGGCAAGAUCGUAGCCUUCAGUCAUAACGGCUACAUUAAACAGUUCCGCGAGGGGAAAAACAAGAAGUUUGAGAACCUAAAUCGCAACAUUCGCACCUGGCUGGGAAUGAAGGAAGGAGGCGACGUCACCUUCGGGGACAGUCUCAAAAAUGUUGCUGACAUCCCGAAAUCAGGUGUUUUGGUCAUCGCAGGCGGAGGCGACAGGCUCAAGAAAUUUGUGCCGGGUAUUUUGGAGUUUGUCCAAGGGGGAGGGGGAUUCUUGUGUGGUGUGUGCCCGUGGGGAUGGUUGGAGAAGCGCCCCAAUGCAACUAUCGACGGCAUGGCACUGCAGCAGAUUGUGAAGGAGGCUGGCAUGUCGUUUACAGGAGACACCUGUGAAGUGCAGAAAGGAUUCAGCGCAGCGAAGUGCAAGGAUGAUGUGGAGAAAGCGCCGGUUUCUGUGAAGAAGCAAGCCGCCGACGUUGCUAACACCACUCCGGAGAGCUGCGCCAAAAAACGCGCUGAGAAGCCCGCGGAAACAUGCUCGUCCCAGAGCAUGGCAAAGGCGACGUCUCCAAGUGGAAGUUGGAAAGACGAGCUGCUGAAAGAUGUCACGACGGUCCCGAAGGUCGGUGUGCCUGGGAACAUCGUGGUGUUCGGAGACCAGGCGGAACCCAUCUUACUAGACGAUCGCGGUAGAGCCAUCAUGGCUGCAGCUACGUAUGGAUCUGGCAAGAUCGUAGCCUUCAGUCAUAACGGCUACAUUAAACAGUUCCGCGAGGGGAAAAACAAGAAGUUCGAGGAUCUGAAUCGCAACAUUCGCACCUGGCUGGGAAUGAAGGAAGGAGAUGACGUCACCGAUGCUUCCAACAUCAAAGAAGCCGCGGAAAUCCCUAAAUCUGGAGUUCUUUUGGUCGCAGGUGGAGGAGAUAAGGGGAAGAAGCUGAUCCCGGACGUCUUGAAGUUUGUUAGAGAAGGAGGGGGGUUGCUGUGUGGUGUAUGCCCGUGGGGGUGGUUGCAGAAGCGCCCCCGCAAGACCAUCGACGACAUGGUACUGCAGGGGAUCCUGAACGAGGUUGGCCUGUCCUUCACGGCAGAAACCUGCGCAGCAAAGAAGGAAAUCAGUGCCGCUGAGAGCAAGGAGAAGGCUGAGAUCUCGCACCUCGGCCGGGCCCUGAAGGCCAUCGACUUGGAUCCGGACUCCGUGGAGAAGUACGCCGAGACCGUUACCGAAAACGCGCACUCCAUCCCGGACAAGUGCUUCGAGAAGCGCCUGAACGCACCCAUGGAGAAGUGCUACGAGAAAUGCAUCAAGAAACACAAGGACUGCAUCCCCAAGGGCGGUAAGAAGAGGGUCAAGGACAGCAGAGGACGCGCCGUCGUCUCACUGACCACAGGCUUCUUGGAGAAACAAGCCAAGAUGGGAAAAGAAGUGAAAGCACCUGGCAUCAACGACUUCCCAGGAGACUUCGAAGAGGAGCCGCAGCUGCAAUGCGCUUCCGUCAUCAUCAAAUCCGCCAGGAAAGAGCGCCACUCUACGGGAUACUACCUCCCUGCUGGCAAGGUCUUGACGAUCAAGGCCACCACUACCGGAGAGCACCUCGAUGACUGGCGGGUGAGAGUCGGCGCCCACUCCGACAACUUGAGCGGGAAGAAGAAGUUCAAGAGGUGGCCGAAGUUGAGCGUGGUGAAACGUCUGGAAGCUGAGACGAAGAUCAGCUCACCUUACGGUGGUCUCAUCUACUUCGAGAGUCCGAAAGAGGCGGGAGAUUUAACAGCAUCGAUGGAAAAUGUCGUGGAGGCGCCGUUCUACGAUUUGGAGGACCCAAGGAGCGUCCAGAACUGGUCUGAGCGGAGGAAGGCCCCGGGACUGUGGGCGGACCUGGCCGGGGAACAUAUCAUCUUCACCCUGCCUGCCGCGUCCGUACGGGACCUGGAGGACCCGAGUGAGGGACUGCGGGCUUGGGACGACGUCGUGAAGGCCCACCACGAGCUGCGCGGUACGAACCCUAGCGGCGAACAUCGGCAGCGCAUCGUGCCUGACCGCCAGCCCAAGGCGGGGUGGAUGCACGCCGGGUACCCCAUCGUCACGAACAUGGACAUCGCCGCGCGAGACAAGUUCAUCCUGGACGGGAAGAAGAUACGGAAGGCCGGCAACUGGGGACUGUUCCACGAGCUGGGACACAACAUGCAGAGGAAGUGGUGGACUUUCGAGGGCACCGGGGAGGUGACAUGUAACGUGUUCACCCUACACGCCAUGGAUGUGGUGGCUAAGAGAGACCCCUGGCGACAUCCGUGGGUACGGAACAAGUGGCCCGCCAUCGAACAGUUCUUCAAGGACGGCGCUCAACACGAUGUGUGGAAGAAGAAAGCAGGUAUAGCCCUGGCCGUGUACGCCCAGCUAGCUCACCACUUUGGCUGGGAACCUUAUAAAAAGGUAUUCCGUCAAUACGAAAAGGAUCCCAAGAAGAAACAGCCGGAGAACAACAAGGAGAGGAUCGUCUUGUGGAUCGUCCGUUUCUCCGAAGAGGUCGGCCGUAACUUGGUUCCACUCUUCGACUUCUGGGGCUUCCCACACAUCGAGGAAGCGCAGGCCCAGGUCUCGGGACUGGAGGCGUUCCUCCCCGACGACGAUCUCACCGCCCUCGCGCCGGAACGGCUAGCGGAGAUCAGGGGCAAAUACAACAUACAGACCUGAAGAGGAUCAUCAAUACUGAUAUCCAAUCACUUCAGAACGUAAGCUCGCGAGAGUUACGGACACGUGAUCUUAGUAACACGUGAUCAUCCGUAUACGUGUCGUCAGCAAUUGGUCAAACUUACCAGGAAGUGUGUACAUUUGUGUUGGAAGAAAGCUUUUUACUAUGUUUAUGAUUACUACCAACACAGAUUAGCUUCCAUGAUGGAGAUAGUUGCCUUACAAUACAAAGUCCUGUACUUUGGUUUAGAAUUCAGAAUAUAUGUUUUACUGUGUAGU